CACCCAGGUCAAAUCUCCUCCGGUUACUCCCCAGUCUUGGACUGUCACGCUGCCCACAUUGCCUGUAAGUUCGACACCUUGUUGGAGAAGAUCGACAGAAGAACUGGUAAGUCCUUGGAGUCCGCGCCUAAGUUCGUCAAGUCCGGUGACCCCGCCAUUGUCAAGAUGGUCCCAACCAAUCCAAUGUGUGUUGAGGCUUUCACCGACUACCCACCUUUGGGCAGAUUCGCCGUCAGAGACAUGAGACAAACCGUUGCUGUCGGUGUCAUCAAGGCUGUUGAGAAGACCGACAAGGACAGUAAGGUCACCAAGGCUGCUCAAAAGGCUGCCACGAAGUAA